GUUGUUUGGCGCCUGCGUCGUGUGGCGAGCGAGCUGGUGAGCGGCGGCUUUGCUGGCGGGAGCGGCUGCGACGCCGGUGCGUGAGGAGCGAUGCCGAGGGAAAUCAUCACCCUACAGUUGGGCCAGUGCGGCAAUCAGAUUGGGUUCGAGUUCUGGAAACAACUGUGCGCCGAGCAUGGUAUCAGCCCCGAGGGCAUCGUGGAGGAGUUUGCCACCGAGGGCACUGACCGCAAGGACGUCUUUUUCUACCAGGCAGACGAUGAGCACUACAUCCCCAGGGCGGUGCUGCUGGACCUGGAGCCCCGGGUGAUCCACUCCAUCCUCAACUCCCCCUAUGCCAAGCUCUACAACCCAGAGAACAUCUACCUGUCGGAGCAUGGAGGAGGGGCUGGCAACAACUGGGCCAGCGGAUUCUCCCAGGGAGAGAAGAUACAUGAGGACAUUUUUGACAUCAUAGACCGGGAGGCAGAUGGCAGUGACAGUCUAGAGGGCUUCGUGCUGUGUCACUCCAUCGCUGGGGGGACAGGCUCUGGCCUGGGGUCCUACCUCUUAGAGCGGCUGAAUGACAGGUACCCCAAGAAGCUGGUACAGACAUACUCAGUGUUUCCCAACCAGGACGAGAUGAGCGAUGUGGUGGUCCAGCCCUACAACUCACUGCUCACACUCAAGAGGCUGACCCAGAAUGCAGACUGUGUGGUGGUGCUGGACAACACAGCCCUGAACCGGAUCGCCACAGACCGCCUGCACAUCCAGAACCCCUCCUUCUCCCAGAUCAACCAGCUGGUGUCCACCAUCAUGUCGGCCAGCACCACCACCCUGCGUUACCCCGGCUACAUGAACAACGACCUCAUCGGCCUCAUUGCCUCGCUCAUUCCCACACCGCGGCUCCACUUCCUCAUGACCGGCUACACCCCCCUCACCACGGACCAGUCAGUGGCCAGCGUGAGGAAGACCACGGUCCUGGAUGUCAUGAGGCGGCUGCUGCAGCCCAAGAACGUGAUGGUGUCCACAGGCCGAGAUCGCCAGACCAACCACUGCUACAUCGCCAUCCUCAACAUCAUCCAGGGGGAGGUGGACCCCACCCAGGUCCACAAGAGCCUGCAGAGGAUCCGGGAACGGAAGUUGGCCAACUUCAUCCCCUGGGGCCCAGCCAGCAUCCAGGUGGCCCUGUCAAGGAAGUCUCCCUACCUGCCCUCAGCCCAUCGAGUCAGUGGGCUCAUGAUGGCCAACCACACCAGCAUCUCCUCGCCCAGCCUUGGUUCCCUGGCUCUCGGGGCCAUAUUGUUCCUGGAAGUUCUUUGUGACCCCUGCUUUCUGCACACCCCAAGCUCUUUGAGCGGACCUGUCGCCAGUAUGACAAGCUGCGAAAGCGGGAGGCCUUCCUGGAGCAGUUCCGCAAGGAGGACAUCUUCAAGGAGAACUUUGACGAGCUGGACACAUCCAGGGAGAUCGUGCAGCAGCUCAUCGACGAGUAUCAUGCAGCCACACGGCCGGACUACAUCUCCUGGGGCACCCAGGAGCAGUGAGUCCCCCAAGACAGGGACCCUCAUCUGCCUUACUGGUUGGCCCAGGCCCUGCCUGACUGACCACUCCCUCAGAGCACAGAUCAGGGACCUCACACAUCUCUUUCUCAUAAACACACACACACGUACUCUGUUGGCCUGGGGACGUGUUUACUUCUCCUCUUAUGAGAUUAUUUAUGUUUAAUAAAGCACUGGAUAUAAAUCAA